ACUCUUUGCAUCUUGCGGACUGUAAAAAGGUUUUAUUGCCUAUUUUAAAUGGGUAUGCUCUCGUAUGACAUUAAUCUCCUAAAUCGGGAUAUAUGUCACAACUCGGCAUCGUUGAUUACAACACGUCGUGAGUCAACAUAACCUCUCUUUUUUAAACAGCUGAUAUGUGACAAAUUUUGUCAGUUUUGAUUUUGUAUACAAGUUGUAUGCAUAUCAUUGAAAAAUGCAGUGCUUCCGCAUUCUGACCUACUUUUUUCUAUGAUAAGAAGCAAAGGAAAUAGGUUGCAGUUAUCAUUCAUCAUUUUAUACUAACUUCCUUUAAGCUACGUUUUUCAUUGUUCCUGGGUGCAUUUGUGGAAGAACCGCCAGAUUAGAUAUCAACAUGAGUGACUCAAAUGUUGUAGCAUCAACUGAUACAAGUACCCUGCCUAACUCUAAGCGCAAACUAUCAACCGAAGAAACAGACUCGAACAAAAUGAUGCAGAUGCCUAGCUUGUUUCUUGAGUGUCAUCCUAUUGACAAUCCAGAGGAUUUACUAGGAGUUGUUAGAAGCCCACCAAGAUGGGUCCAACGGGUGGCUCCCAUAGCACCAAGAUCUGAGUUUGUCAUGCAAAAUAAGUUGUCAAACUGUCAUACAGAAAAAGAUCAGUUUGGGGCAAGGAAAAGAUUGGAUGCGAGGACUGUGCCAAAGACUUUGGUGUGCCAUGAUUAUAGAGGUGGAUAUCAAGCUGAUAAGUAUUUGCAUUAUCCAUAUGAAGAAAUUGUAGGUAAUGGAUAUACAUUCUACAACUGGGCACAAAUUGAUGUGUUUGUUUAUUUUAGUCACCAUUUUAUUACUAUACCACCUCUGUGCUGGAUAAAUGCGGCACAUGCUAAUGGUGUCAAAAUAUUGGGCACCCUUAUAACCGAGUUUGGAGAUGGCAAAAAUACGUGCGACGAAAAAAUCUUCAAAGAUAUUCGAUCAAUGAGGGAAUUUACCCUAUCCUUGGUCGAACUCACACGAGUUUUCGGUUUUGACGGUUGGUUGCUUAACAUAGAAAAUAGGGUAGACAACGUUGAGGUACUGAAAGAGUUCGUACCUCUGCUGACAGAAAUGUUGCAUCAGGAGAAUUCUGGAAGUCUUGUAAUUUGGUACGAUAGUGUGACAGUAGCUGGAGAAUUGUUAUGGCAGAAUGAAUUAAAUGAUAAGAACAGAUAUUUCUUUGACUCUUGUGACGGAAUUUUCCUGAACUACUCAUGGAACGAGCAAAAUUUGUCAAAAUCCGCUGCCGAAGCAAAACAAAGACAUUUAGAUGUUUACGUUGGUAUAGACGUCUUUGGCAGGAAUUUUUUCGGAGGUGGAAUGUUCAACACGCACAAGGCUGUUGAUGUGGCCGCAAAGUACAACCUCUCAAUAGCUAUUUUUGCACCAGGUUGGACCCAUGAAACUCUAGGAAAUGUGGAUUUGUUUUUCGAGAAGUUUUACAACAGAGAUUCCGCAUUUUGGUCUAGUCUAUGGCCGUAUCUUUAUACUCAUCCAUUAAAUAACUACUUUACUACAAACUUCUACAUUGGUCUAGAUAAGUACUGCUACAACCUCUUCAGUCAACAGCAUCAAUUAACAGAGGUUCUACGACCCACACUGAAACUGCCAGAAUUUUCGGAAAUACCGAACAUAAAGAGUCAGUGUGACUGCUUACAAAGCUACAUCUUGGGUUCUAAAAACACCUGCCUGAUAACCAAAGAAAACUUGAGAAAAGACUUUGAUCAUAUCCACUAUCUUUUCGCCUGUGAUAUCAAGAUCAUCGACAAUACUGUGGUCUUUUUCCUUACCAAAGAUCCGUAUGGAAGAACUAGUGCUUUAAGAAUAACUUUGUUAGUAUCAGGAUUCAACAGAAGUAUGAGAAGGAUAGAAUUGUUGACGGAGAAAAAAGAAAAUCCUUUGAAUAAUAACAGUGUUCUUCAAGUGAAUCCGUCUGAGUCGCCAGAUGUUGUGUAUAGCCUCAAGAAUAGAUACUAUAAUAAAAUUGUGGAUGAUAACUGGAAUCUAAGUGUAUACGUUUUCAAUACAACGAUCUGCGAUAUUUUGGAAAUCGGUGGAGCUAUCGAAAAUGGUGAUAGUUUAUAUUUGGGAGCUUUCGGUAUCGAAAAUGCAGAUGGCAAUUUUCUGAAGAGCUAAUAAAAGAAAAAUUACAAAGUAUUUUAUUAAUAUGUAUUAUUUAUUUUAUAUAGAUAAUUUGUAUAUAUUUUUUAUUUGUAAAUAUAUGUAAUUCUAG